UCUCUAUCGGUGUAUCAUAAGCUGCUGCUCCUGCCCUCGAAGGACGUUCUCCUCGUUAAACUUCAACUGAAGACAUCAGUUUAUUAAUUUGAUAAUAACCUCCAGCCGGCAGCAUCCUCUCAGGAGCCGGAGGACAGGAGAGCGCAGAAAGCAGAGCAGAUCAACAGAUAAAAAAUGCAGAGGAACCAGCCAGCACAAUGAUGGAGAAGAAACAACAGGACACAUAAGUGACACCAAAGACUUUCUGACUCAUUAUGAUGAGCUCUGCUGGCUCUGGUAUGGAGCCAGAAGGAGCUGUAGCUCUGGAAGAUGCAGAGUCACAGCUGAUGUACAGGAUAGAGCGUCCAGUCUAUGAUGAAGGUUUCAUCAGGACAAAGCUUCCUCAUCGCAGGAAAAACUCCACAACCCUCCGACAGAGGCUGGCACAACACUUCAGGUGUUCAUCAGAAAAGGCUAAGGCAGCAGUUUUCAGUUUCCUGCCAAUUCUAACAUGGCUGCCAUCCUACCCAGUCAAAGAGUACUUGUUUUCAGAUGUGGUCUCGGGUCUCAGCACAGGGGUCGUGCAGCUCCCACAAGGUCUGGCCUAUGCCAUGUUGGCUGCUGUGCCUCCAGUUUAUGGUCUGUACUCCUCCUUCUACCCUGUCCUGCUGUACACCUUCUUUGGCACAUCCAGACACGUAUCUGUGGGGACCUUUGCAGUCAUAAGUCUGAUGAUUGGAGGUGUUGCAGUAAGAGAGGCCCCAGACUCCAUGUUUUACGUCAUGCAUACAAAUGGAUCCAACAUGUCUGCCGUCUUGGACGUGGAGGCUCGAGAUGCAAGGAGGGUACAGGUGGCUGUGGUGCUUACAACGCUGGUUGGAAUCAUUCAGUUUGUCCUAGGUCUUCUCAGGUUUGGGUUUGUGGCGAUCUACCUCACAGAGCCCCUGGUGCGAGGCUUCACCACAGCUGCAGCGGUGCACGUUGUCAUCUCUCAGCUAAAGUACCUGCUGGGGGUGAAAACACAGCGCUUCAGUGGGCCCUUGUCUGUCAUUUAUAGCAUCAAAGCUGUUCUCAGUGACAUCACAAACACCAAAGUCCCCACUCUCAUCCUGGGCAUCGCGUGUCUCAUAUUCCUGUACAUUAUUAAAGACCUCAAUGAGCGCUUUAAGAAGAAAAUGCCCAUUCCUAUUCCGGGAGAAAUCAUCGUGGUCAUUGUGUCGACCGGUGUUUCGUUUGGUCUCUCUUUACAUGACAACUACAGGGUGGAUGUGGUUGGAAAGAUACCGACAGGGCUUCUCCCUCCUGCUGCCCCAAUGUUUUCCCUGUUGCCUAACCUGGUCGCUGAUGCCUUCGCUGUUGCAAUUGUGGGAUUCUCAAUGUGCAUUUCACUGGCAAAGAUCUUUGCCCUGAAGCACGGCUACAGUGUGAAUGGCAACCAGGAGCUGAUCGCUCUUGGUCUGUGUAACUUCAUCAGCUCAUUCUUCCAAACCUUUGCCAUCACAUGCUCCAUGUCCAGGAGUCUGGUACAGGAGAGCACAGGUGGAAAAACCCAGAUUGCAGGGCUGCUGGCGUCUCUGGUGGUGCUGCUAGUGGUGGUGGCCAUCGGUUUCGUCUUCCAACCACUUCCCCAGACUGCGCUGGCUGCCAUCAUCAUGGUAAACUUGUUGGGGAUGUUCAAACAGUUCAGAGACAUUCCUAAUUUAUGGAGGACGAGCAAGAUCGAACUGGCCAUCUGGCUGGUUGCCUUUGUAGCAUCUGUACUGUUGGGUCUGGAUUACGGCCUCCUGGUGGCCAUCGCAUUUGCCAUAUUAACAGUCAUCUACAGAACACAGAGCCCUAAAAGUGCCGUCCUGGGUCAUAUUCCCGGCUCAGGCCUGUACUGUGAUGUAGCUGAGUAUGAGGAGGCGGCUGAAUAUGAAGGGAUUAAGAUUUUCCACUCCAACUCUUCAAUCUACUUUGCGAACAGCGACCUUUAUGUGAACACUCUCAAAGAAAAGACUGGAGUAAACCCAGAGGAUUUACAAGCUGGUCAAAAAGCCAAAAAGAAACAAGAGAAGGCAAACGGGAAUCACAACUCUCCUGUGAAGAUCUGUGCAAAGUAUAGGGAGGCGGGAGUGACCCAUGAAAUUUUAUCCGAGAACCAUAUGGAGGAGGAGCAGAGAAAUGGUCAGCUCGGAGACCGAUACAGCAACACAGACUUAGAGGAGGCCGCCUUCCUCAAACCUCUGAGUGGUGUCCAUUCCAUCAUCCUGGACUGGACGCCCGUGAGCUUCAUCGACUCUGUGGGAGCCAAAGCCAUCAAACAGCUUAUUAAAGAGUACCAGGCUGUGGAUGUCAAAGUUUUCAUAGCUGGCUGCAACAGAACCCUACUCACUGAGCUCGACAGUCUGCAGUUUUUCACUGGAGUCGUGACUCCAGAGAUGGUCUUUCCCACCGUCCACGAUGCCGUGCUACGAUGUCUACACUCAAAACCCCGCCCUUCAGCUGCUCCAACCAAUGAAGUAACGACUGCCAGUGAAUCCUGACUUGGAGGGCCAAUUUAAUCUCUGAUAUCCAGCUGUUUGAGAGCAAUCUCUAUCUAUCGAUAACUAAGCAUCAUAUAGAGAUGAACUGAACAGUCAUUCAUAUUGAAUAGAGGAGUGUUUGUUAAUUUAAAGUGCCACUAAGGUAGUUUAAUGAGGCUCCUGGCCAAUCUGAAAUUCAGUACUGAGUUUCAAUCUGACAUUCCCAUAUCUGCAUCCUCUGAGGUUGUUUAGAGAUGUACUUUUAAGGCUUUUGUAGAAAAUCUUCAUUGCUCUUAUGCUGAAAAAUCAGACCGGAUGGCUGCUGCUGUGGUCUGAGUGACCUUAUUAGGAUGAUUUAUGUAAAAGUGGAAACUGACCAGAAGCUCCAUGUCAUUAUAAUGCUCUUCAAGAAUUGUAAACAGUUACUGAGAACAUAUUUUGAUGGAUAUAUUUUCUGCUGUAUUUUUGUGUACAUGUGUAUUUAAGCCAGUAAAAGCACUAUCUUGUUGUUACAGUAUAUUGCAGAAUGAGUGCAACACUAAUGUAGUAUUAUACAUGCUGCCAGUUAAAUGUAAAAAUACUGCAAGUGUUUUCUGAUGGUGUGUUUCCACCAUGCUGUAUGGUUUGGUUUAUACAGUUUGGUCCAGUAAACCCUGAUCAUGCUUGUUUUCACAGCCACUGUUCAUCCAGCCCUGCUGCUAAUGAUGGGAGUCUCAGCUGUUUUCAGAGAUCCAGAUCAUGUGACUAAGCUCAGCAAAAAGAGCCAGUCUUUCGGCUCCCAGAUAGCUCUUCAUUUGGGACUAUAAUGGACAAGGUUUGCUCCUUACAAGAUAUUUUGAGACUUAUUACAGAGUCAGAAUAAUUUAUUUGCUGUUUAUCUUGGAUCAAAGUAUCAAUGUUGCAUACUCAUAUACUUUGUACUCAUAAACCAUGAGAAAUUCUGACAAAUCCUAGGGCGUUUUCAAUGCAAAUUGGAUAUUUUGGCUCACUUGAAAUGCCCCUAUGUAAACAGACCAAAGUUGGCAAUAUUAUGCAACAAUUUAACAAAUUGAUCCAUGAUUCAGAUGGUAACAGUCAAACUAUAGUUUUGUCCAUACUCAUUUGUUGCAUGGAAGUCUUUCCACCAAUAAACAGACCGCAGUGAGUCUAGAUCCUUCUUUAGGUCUUUAGGGUACCAAAAAAGGACGGUACAGUUUGGUCAUUUUGGAACUUUCCCAACUUUAGACCCUGGAAAUGCUAAUAACUACACACCAUACUAAACCAAACAGCUUGUUGGAAACCAUUUUCUUCUCUGAAAAGUUGUGCUGUUACUCUCUUACACAGGAUGCCUUUACAAAUCACAGGUACGGUUUGGUCCUUGUACAAACCACAGACUCAAAUCUGGAAUAAACUUUAUUUUUAAGUGAA